UGUUCUACCCCUCAUAUGUGGGUUUAGAAAAAAAAAAAAGAGUAUUACCCCAUUAGUGCUCAUUGUUUACUCUUUAACCUUUAUUCAACCAACUGUAGAAGUCUCUUUUUCCCGUUGGCUCCACCCUGCUAUCCGCCUCCUAUAGCUGUUUUUCCCUUAAGCCAAUGAGCCCUAAUGUUCCCAGUCAGCUCAUUCUUAUUGCAACGUGAAAUCAUUUAACAUCCUGCGGUUGAAUAAGCUGUACUGGUCCUCCCCAUGAAGUCUGAGGUCACCGUGGUGUACAGAGUAGGAGUCCUGAAUGCUGGUUGGGAUUCAGGGUGUUGCUCAGACAGACAGAGGCAGCAAGCGGGGACGACGCUCGAGCCUGGUUCUCUCAGCUCAGGUGGGCCCCCAAAGUCUGUCGUCAAGUGUUCAAUUCAAGCUUUGCCUUUAACCCACAUGUCAACCUUCACAGCAUGAUUUACAUUUUCCCUGCAUCCAAGAUGCACAAUAGACUUAUUGAUUUUAUUUAGCCUUCAGAAUGGUCCGGCACAAGAAUUGUAGAUUAAUUAUUACAGUCGAAAGUAACAGAAUUAAAGCUUUCUGCGUCUGGACCACAGCAGGAACUUGCUCAUAAUUCAUUGUCUAUGCAACAGUUUUACAUUUUGUUUGGUAGAGGUGCAAAAGGGUCCCAAACAGUUUUCUUUACCUUAACUCUAAUUUCAAAUCAGUAUCUGGUAUUCCCAUUUUAACUUCCUCUGUAAGUGUCAUGUAUUUCUGUCGGUACCUGACUCUCUCCACGUCACACGUAAAAGGUUUUAUAAGUAUCAAACCUACCCCCAUCGUUUAGGGAAGUGGAUCGGGGGUGGGGGUAAUGGGACGUAUGUAAUGGUGCAAUGAAAUUGGUACCACCUUGCAUGUAGGAAGUGGUGAUGUUUGUGAAGAACAGUGGCAUGUAACAAGCGACCACUUCUGCUUCCCGCUGCACAGGAAGAGUCGAAUGAAAAGCUUUGUUGUAAUCACUUCUUUCUUUGAAAGUACACAUGACACACACACAGAGGCAGCGCGGCAGAUGGUAUCAGAGACAGUCUUGUUGUGGGCUGAAAAAAGUAGAGUAGAACUUGUGCUUAUUCGCUGAAGUUAAAAAUGUGGCUACUACGAUGUGGAUUCAUGAGAAUUGAAUGAUAUAUUGUGCACAUGCAAGCAGUUCCAUGUAGGAGUUUCCGCCUUAAUUCCAUAGAAGAAUAGAUCUGGGUUUCCCGGAGUUGUGUUGAGUUAUGUCAUGAGGACAGAGGUACGUACAGCAGAGACACGUUGUCCCCGUCAAACUAGAUCCAGUUAGGUAAGACGGUUUAAUCCUGUUUACACAAGUGCUAUUCUCCAUCUGACAACUGCAGCGUCUCAGUUGUUCCUCCAUUGCCCUUAAGGAAUGUAAUGAAUCAAUAUUGAAUAUCUGUCGGCUGCAUCUGCUCCGUCAGUUGUCACUUCCUUCACCCGAGUUUCACAGCUCUUGUUUCCUUGCGCAAUGUUUCUCGAACACAAAGCAAGUAGAGGGUGACUGAACUAAUUCUUCCUGCUCAUGCCGGGGUUCAUCAUUGACUGCUGACGGAAGAUCGUGUCGACGUGGUUCAGUUUAUAAAAUACACCAAAUACCUUUUGCCUGGGUGGCAGACCCUAAGUACUACAUUUAGUGGCUGACCCGUUGAGCCAGCUGUUGGGCUGCUGGGUGUCAGCUGCUGGAUGGCCGGUGUUGUCUUGGUUUUCUUCAAACUUGCUAUUGCGUUCGACCAGUCUGCAUUUAUGGCUGAUCUUUCCUGACCACAUGUACACUAAUUGUGGCCAUGGUUACACGAUUUAGGAGGUUACUCGACUGAACCAGAGUGCCUGGUGUAACUGCCGUCCUGCGAAUGAACAUAUCUGACACACAAUUCUUAUGUAUUUUGUGAGUGCUGAUGUUGUGUAAACAUGAGUCGAUCCCCCUAAUGACUCGUGGAUCUCAUAUUGCUGCACCUGCCGACUGAGAAACGAAAGGCUCAAACAUCGGCUGGCAGCACAACGGCGAUAACCAGGGUGUUUGUGGGGGUUCGUCCCAUCGCCUCAUCAGGACUAUAUGUAAAUGUGAAGUAUGGACAACGCCCAUUGUUCCUUUGAAUGUAAGCAACACUUAAUUACGUUAGUCAGCCUAUAGAAAUGCGCAUACAUCCCUCUCUUUGAGUUCAAAACAUGGUAAUUACUAAACCCUACUCGUGAAAUGCUGGUAUGAUUUCCUGUAUUUUUCCAGUGAGCACGCAGGAGGAAAACAAGCCACUUUCCUUGACCCCUCCCAGGAAACGCAUGGCUCCCUAGUUAUGUCCUCAUUGCAGUGUGGCGCUCCAGUCUAAUGUGGGUGGAGACUGCUAUGGUGGCCACAGUUAAGAUGGGUUAGCAUGGCACGGUGUAUGUAUGUAUGUAGUAACUGGUGUCCCACUAUCCCCACGUCAUGUGGUCUUCAUCUUGCCUCAAGGGAGCUGCUGACUUGAAAAUGGUGCGUGAAAAGCUGUUCCACUUGACGGGGUUUCGUGGCUUUUUGCACUUUGACAAAAUAAUUUAAACGUGGUUAAAACACAAAAUGCCUUCUGAAAGUGAAUGAGGGAAGUUUGCUAAAAAAUAAUGACAUAUUUAAGACAUCCGAUUGAGGAAAUAAAGGUAGAAAACACUUUUCGGAAGAAUCUUCUGCCGAUUAUACUUUCACUUCAUAUUUAGAUGUUCCUGGAUGUUGGUUUGUCCCACCUUAAAACCCAGAAUGACUACAGCUUGGUUGAGUUGCUUGUCUUGGUUAUUCUUCCUUAACUGUAUCUCAUUCGCUGCGUUCCUCCAGAGUGUAAAAGUGCAACUCAAAACCCAAAGUAUUUGAAAGUGUGAGACCGGGGCAGGUGUCUGUUCACGUAUUGGUAACAAUAGGUGAGACGAGUGGUGCUGUGCAGUCACUGCUGCCUUCUUGUCUCCACUGGCAGUUCCGCGUGUCCAGCACCUGCACUUGAAAUAAAUUUCCCCACCAGUUGUUGACUUGGUGCUGAGCUCUUGUGUCUGACUGAUCGGAGCCGCUCUGUGACCACUGCGGCGUUGCACACGUUGAUGAAGGCAAAGGGACAUUAGCGAUGCUAGAAUGUUGAAGCUCAUUGCUAAUAACCCUCACUGCUUUGCAUACCUGAGCACUUUUGGUACAGUGUACAGGUACGUCGGGGAAGCUCGCCGCACACGGAUGUAGCAGAAAAAUUCCCCGGCGGUGUGUCUCCACACAAUCAGACAUUUGAUCGGGAACACAUCAGUCGUUACCUAGAAGAGUCGCACCCUUUCAAUGUUGCUCGUGCUAUAGUGAACAAAAAUGUUGAUGAGGCCGUGUUGGCGGGGCGGCUGAAAUGGAGCUUGGCUUUGAGCCAAUCAGGUCUUUGUAAUCUGUCAGCAGACUCGCGUCCUCCUUCCUUCACUUCCGUUACUCGUGCCUCACCGAGUGUCUGCGGGACUCGGCUCUGCUGUCGGCUUUGAUUUCUCCCUAAGCUGCAGGGAGAAACCACUGAUACAAGAGAGAGUCCCCUGUCUCCAGAACUGCAGCUGACCUUUGUGAGAGCUCAGACCAAUCAGCCCCCCACACCCCCCCCACCUCCACCCCUCCUCCUUCCGCUUCCAAACCAUAACCUUUAAAGCUCCAGCCUGCUGCUAGGAUUGACAAACGUCCCCGGACCGGCCCCGGGACUGGUACUGCUUCAGUGGGGGAGGAAGGCAGCUGAGCUUUGCGCCGUUUUCCCCCGGAGAUGAAGCUGCAGGCCGUCAUGGAGAACCUGCACCGGCAGCAGAGGGCCAAGCUGCUGAUGGAGCAGCAGCAGCAGCAGCUACAGCAGCAGGUCGCCGCCCAACACACUCAGGUCCGCACGAUAGUCGGAGGAGGGGAUGAGCCGAUGGGAUGCCCCGCCCCCGAGGCUGAGCAGGCCCAGAUGGCGGCACUGGCGGCCAUGCGUGCUGCGGCGGCCGGGCUGCAGCGGGUGUCGGACAGCCCCAUGUCGGAGCGCAGCAGCGGCGGCGAGGAUGAAGGCGAUGAUGACGACGACGACGAUGAGAACGAAGACGGCGAGGAGCAUUACAAGGACAUGAUGGGGUCCGACGAGGAGGAGCAAAUCAAACAUAAAUGGGACGAGGAGGACUUUGAAGGCGAGAUGGAAGAGGAUUUCGAUGACGACCUGGCGGAAGGGGGUCUGCCGACGGGUCACGACGCAGUGGCUCCCGGGAAGGGCAUCCUGCUGCUGCCCCACCGACAACUGCACCCACACUCCCAGCUGCUGAAAGCCCGUCCAAGUGUCGAACAGGAGCCCCGCUCAGCUAUCCCGCCUGCCCACGCGGCCCGCAGCCAUCUGGGCGUGCAGGACCAUGGAGACUGGACCUUCGAGGAGCAGUUCAGACAAUUAUAUGAACUGGACAGGGACCCAAAGAGAAAAGAGUUUCUGGAUGACCUCUUCAGCUUCAUGCAAAAAAGAGGAACGCCAGUGAAUCGUAUUCCCAUCAUGGCCAAGCAGGUCCUGGAUCUGUACAUGCUCUACAGGCUGGUGACCGAGAAGGGCGGCCUGGUCGAGGUCAUCAACAAGAAGCUGUGGAGGGAGAUCACCAAGGGACUCAACCUGCCUACCUCAAUCACCAGUGCCGCCUUCACCCUCCGCACACAAUACAUGAAGUACCUCUACCCAUACGAAUGUGACAAGAGGAGUCUGAGCAACCCCAACGAGCUGCAGGCAGCCAUCGACAGUAAUCGGCGGGAGGGCCGGCGACAGAGCUUCGGCAGCUCCCUCUUCACCUACUCGCCUAACGGGACGCCCACCAUGCUGUCCUCGCCGAAGCUCCUCUCAUCCAGCACGGGCCUUAAGGUGGGCACCAACGGGUCCUCGCUGACCCCCCUCCACAAGAUCAAGAAAGAGGACGGAGGCCACACACUGCCGGGGGGCGGCGCGUCCCGCAUGCCAGCCGGCCUGGCGGGUCACUCGAUGGCGUCUGUGCAGGCGGCGUCUGUGCAGGCAGCGAUGGCGGCUCAAAUGGCGGCUCUGGAACAGCUGAGGGACAAACGGGAGGCCGGCGAGCCGCCGGAGAAGAAGAUGGCGCUGCCGCCAGAGGAACACCACCGACUGCUGCAGAGAGCGCUGCAACACAACCUGUUGGCCAUGACUGCUCAGAUACCCAUGAAUAUCCGCAUCAAUAACCAAGACAGCCGGCAGGACUCGGCCCUGAACCUCACCACCAACGGCACGAGCAGCAUCAGCAUGUCGAUGGAGCUCAACGGAGUCGUGUACACUGGCGUUCUUUUUGCUCAGGCGGCAGCGGGGUCGGCUUUGUCUGGAUCAGCCGCCUCUAACAAGACUGUCGGCAGUCGUGUGGCUCCACAGCAGCAGCAGCAGCAGCAACGACGCACACCUACCUCAACCUCCAGCAACCAGUUGUCUUAACAAACCCACGGCCUUUCCCCUUUUAGUGUUUUUGUUUUAUUUCCACGCUAAGUAAAGCCAAAAAUCAACCUCAUAACCUAUGCCAAAAAGAGAAGAACCAUACACUGUACAGAAAGACACAAACGGAAAAUCAGUCACACUAUCUCAGGUUUUCUCUCACUUAACAAACUCCUCUUUUGUUCUUCAUAGCCAAAAUUAUUUCGGAAAAAAAAAUUAAAUUAAAUAAUAUCUCAACAGAGAGACAGUAUAUGCUAAACAACUAUGAAUGCACAACCUGUGAAUUAUUUAUUUCUACAAGUGUACAGAGCAAAAGAGUAGUUAAUAACUAGUAAAGGCAAUACACUGUUUACACUCACAAACACAGCUACUGAUUGACAGCAAUGUUUUAUCCUCUAGGGGGGAGAUUUUAUUUUUUAUUUUACCUUUUCAUUGUUUUGUUGAUAUUUUACUUUACUGUGUUUUAGCAUUUAGAUCUUCAAUAGUCCUCUCACCGGAGGAAAAAAAUAUAUAUUUAGAAUUCUAUAAAAAAAAAAAAAAAAAAAAAGAAUUUCCUCUAUUUUUAAUCAGAAAAGCUUCUACGGUAUGUGUUGUUUCGUCAGGGCAUAUAACAAUCUACCAUUGUGACCUCAUUCUGUGUAAAACCUUAUUUACAUGGCAGCCAUUUUGGAUCUAUUUUUAGAAGACUCCAGUAGACAUCAUAUCACAGGUUAUCCAGUGAACUAUAAAACAACUGGACCUCAAUCUGCAAGAAUAUUAGUUCACUUUUUCACACAUUUGAGCAUAUUUAUUACCACCAGAGUCUCUGCAAUAGUAUUUGCUAGAAUUCUAUGUAGUUGCAAGUUCAAGCGGCCAUUGUGCUUCUUUUCUUUUUCGUGGACAGCAAGCAAAGUCUAAUCCUCACCUGCUUGUUCACAUUAGGCCAGUUCACUGCAUAUCUGUGCCAAUCUUGCCAGUUGUCUGUCAGACUUACGUUAAAAAUUGCCUUUUUAGUAAGCUGGCAAAAUGAACUAAAACCUUUUGGGAGAUCCGUCUUUUUCUCUCCUCGCAGCACCUCAACCCGCUGGUGGCUUUUCGGAGCCUCAGCGGCAUCCACAUCCACUGCUGCUGUUUGUGGGUCAGAUUGUAUGUGAAUAAUACACAUUCACGGCCGUUCUCAGGUGUCCGUCUGCUCAUUGCGUUACAUGAGGUCUUGACAGAGCGAAGCUUUUCAACAUCUUGCUCUGUAGAAAGAUCAAUUUUCCCCUUUUUAUUUCUAAUUUUGCCUUCGGGUCAAAUCAGCGGAUGGACCUGCAUUAUCAGGUGUCAGGACUUUUGUAUUGUAGAUUACAAAUCCUUUAGUUGUUUUGUUUCAGUUGUUUGUUUUGCAUGAUUUAGUGCUUCUUCGGUUCCAAGUGCUUCUUAUCUUCAGCUGUGACAAGGACCGGGUCACCUUGAGACUGUCAGGAACAUAAAGAGAAUGUCUUGUGAUCCUCCGACUGUUUUUAGAUGUUGCUUAAUCUGGGUUUUUGACAAUGUGAUCUCCGAGGCAAUGAUGUGCUGUGGCUGAGCACUCGCCUGUGUCUUAGCAUUUGUCCGGACACUCGCUGCAGUCAGAUGUUUAAUAAGUUAAGUCAGCCCCAUUGCACCACAUCAUUAGCAUGUAGCUGUGUUUCUGCAUUUUGUGGGCGAUCAAUCAUUCAGCUUUCUGAACUUUAACCUGUGGAACCCCUUUGGACUGUUAAAUAUUGUUACUUUGUCCUCACUCCCACUCGCACCCCAAUGCAAAGCAGCCUCAUUCCUACUGACGUUAGGAAGUAAAUCAGGCUUUGUAAAUGGGCUCUGUUCUGAGGCCUUAACACAGCGGGAGAUGACCAGAGAGCCAGCAGUACCUCCGUCUAAUCACUUUUUACUGUUCCAGUCAAAUAUCCCCAGAUGGCUGUCGUGGCUUUGAUUCUGUAUUUGCUUCUCUGUGGGAAAUCACCACCAGCUGCUCCCCAAACACUGGUCAGCUUUGAAAAGUACUCGUUCUAAAUGGACAGCCAACCUUCAAAGACACAUGAAAUCACAAAAUGCUCUAUUUAUCAAACUUAAGUUAGUGGGGAGGGAACGGUCCAGCAUUACUUGGUUCAUUGCAUCCUAGAAAAGAAAAGUGGAGGUUUAGCUGGAUUUUUAAAAAAGUUUGUCACAAGCUGAAGGAUCAUUUUUGUUGAGUUUUGUCUAAAACCAAAGUGUUUCCAUAUUGAAGGAAGAGGAAUUUCGGCAAAAUAAGAACCAAACGUGUAAAACUAAUUAGAAUGUAUUUUAUAUGAGAGGCAGCUAACGAAACAAGUUUGAAAUUCACAUUUGGUAGACAGCUGAUUUUCCUCAAAGGGUCUCACUGCUGAGGCAUAAGUUCAAAGCACGUCCACCUGCGCCCCCUACAGGCAGGACAAACAACUACAGCGGUUUUGACUUGCAGAAAUGUUGACAUCACCACUUGCAGGAGGUGGGUGAACUGCUUCACCUCUAUGUCUUCAUAGCUGCUGCUUUCUGUGUUGUUGUCUGUUAGAUCUUCUCAUUACCCCCCGAGCCUCAUCCGGCACUUGUAGAUUAGGUCAGCUUGCUUAUUUUUUCUGCUUUAAAAUAAUAAAUACAAAACAUAAAAAAUACAGAAAGAGCCAUCAAAAAAAGCGAGACAAAAAGUCUGGACACGGCUUAAACCGAGCAGCAAAGCAGAACUAGACGCCAUCACUUCUGCAUUUUCUUACUGGGUGUCUGAUGCUAAUGACAAACCGCAGUUUAUUUGCUCCUGCCACCUUUCAACCAAUGAAAUAGCUUUCAUGUCAGAAACAUUAUAAAAAUAAUUUUACGGAUAUAGAGCAGAUGAAGGUGGCAACAUAUUGUUGUUUUGCAGAGGUUGCUUCAGUCCAGGAGACGAUGAAUGAAUGAAACACACAUUUGAUGUGGUCUGGCUAAUCUUUGAAUAGACCACAGCUAGGACAAGUUAAAAUUGAAUAUACAUUUUAUGAUCAGCUUUCUCGUAGAUGCCUCCGUGAAGGCAGCUUUGUAUUUAACAAAUCCCAAAGUAAAAAGAUGAUUUCCUUCAGAUUGGUGACAUACAGAAAGCCGUCAUGCCCUCCCUGUCUCCCUGUCUCUUUCUCUCUGACUUCAUGAGUAGCAGAUGUCACAGUUGCUAGUAAUGGCUGACAAUCAAAUAGAGACGUGCUGUGGCUGAAAACAUUAGUUUGGCCGGGGCCGGGGAGGCAGGCCUGCUGGAGACAAGAAAAAUUCAAUCAAUACUGAACUAAAGGACCAACAUUGCUUUUUUUUUUUCUUCCAAAUUGACCCUGUGACCUUUUGGCCCCUCAGGCAACAUUGAAGCACCUGCCCCCCUCAAUGGAUCCAUGUUGAUUGUAUAUAUCAAUCGACCGGCUUUGUGAGGUAUUUGCAUUUGAACAGUGGAGGUACUGCAUCUCUCCUGCGCUCUCUUCAGGGAACGUUUUUAAUUGCGUGGUAGCGACACUCAGGAGACGUUAGGACAACACUUAAUACCUCCAAACACUUAUUGUGGUUGAAGGGAAUACCACAAUCAAUCCUCGCUUCUACCUCAAAGAAGAUUGCUUUGCUUCAGCCACGACAGAAUCGUGAAGCUUGAGUUCAAGCAGGAAAACGUCAUCAAAAAUGCUGCUGAUGCAGGUUCACAAAGACUUUGACUAUGAACGAGGUUGUAAUGACCACAGACAAUCAGAAAUCCCCUUUUGUUUAUGCAAAGGGCCCCAGGAAUCAUUGGGGGUUCACUUCAAGCCUCAAUGUCUUCACUGAGAACUCUCCUCAGUGGAAGGUUUUCGUUAUCGACACACAAUACGGUCGGAUUUCCCUAAACUGAUAUCAAAUCAGGUCUGUGCAGAGACUACAAACUCACAGAAACAUACAUUUACAGAAAAGUCUCCCCCAGUGUUUCCACGGUCUGUUGAUUGAUCCCAUUGGGAUCAUAAUGGGACAUUCAAAUCCUCGCCUCAGCGAGGUCGGACAUUCAUUCACUUCCAGGAUUCAUUUGCUUAUUGAAAACAAUAAGCACUUCGGUUUGCCUCGCUUGUUUCUCUGCAGCGGUGGUCAGGCAGGUUCCUCCAUAUUUAAAGAAACAUUGGAGUAAUGCUAGCUCUGAAAACUGCACCAGUCUUAACUCUGUAUUAAGCCAGAAGAUGUUUUGUGUUUUGAAAAGAGUUUGAGGUUUUAGGUCAGACAGGUAUUUUUUUCUUCUAAAUGCUACCAGCUGCUUUUCAUGUGUAUGCAGCCACUUUGUUUUCAUCAUGAGAUGGACGUUGCUCCCUCAAGACUAAGUUGGGUAUGUCGUUCAAAGUCAUAUAAAUGUGGUGUGGUAAUGGAGUUUUGAUUCUUGGGUUGAUUUAUAAAGUAUGUGUGUUUGGUGCACUCGUGUGCUGUUGUACAGUUUGGACAGUUUGUAUUCUUCAUCAUGUUCUUAAUGCAUUUGUCUGUCUUGGAGUUCAAUUUCCUGACUAGAAAAUAAGAAUAUAUAUAUUCAUUUUCAGGGGCCGACUCCCUCAGAGUCUCUUGUGGUUGGCUUUUUUGCUCUAUGCUAUAACAUUCAAAUGUUUACCUUGAACUAUUGCCGCUUUCACUCCCACCAGAGCUGUAGCUAAAGAACCACUUGAAACCUUACUAGUGUCUUUCUCGGAAAUGUGACUCCGGCUCACAUGUUGCUGACAUGGAAAUUCUUUUUCCCAUUUACGGGUUACGGUGCAUGUGGGGUUAAGGGGCUUUUGACGGAACUUCACCACUCACUUUAGCUCCAUCACGGGAACUGUGGACAAGGAAAAUGAGAAUUAACAAGAUGCAUUUUUCUGUGACAAUUGUAUGAAUUGACCUGUAUUACAAAGAUUCAUUAAAUAGUUCUGAAAUAUGCCUGUUUAGCGGUAUUAUAUUAUGAUCAUAUUUUUCUUGCUCUUUCUUUGCUUUUUGAAAAUAUGCUGUAGCAACCUGGCACACAGAGAUUUAUUAAUAUUGCGAUGAUUUGAAGUGCGUGUCGGCUUCAAGUCAACUUCAGAACUGAUGCAAGGCUCUUCUCUCUUACAAGUUCUCAGGAAAAUCUACCUCUACCUCCACUUUGAUGCAUUUAACCCAGCUCAAGUUAGUUUAGUUAGUACGCAAGAAAAAGCUUGAGAGUUGAGUCUGAAAUUGACUCAACAUCACCAGUAUUGGUUAGUGUUUUAAGAUUAGUUCCAAUUAGGUGAACUUGUAUGAAUUGAAAAUAUAGUGAUGUAUUUAUAUCAUUACCUCGACUGGAAUGUACUCUCGGCAGAUAUAUUUAUCACCGUGGUAAGUGACUGAGAGGUUUAUUUUGGACUGGGUGGGUGGGCCUUUCUCCCUGCCUGUUUCUCUUUCUGUGUUACAGGUUUAUUUGAACGUCAACAACAGGGAACCUUGCGCUCAACAGCUACUUAGUACUACAACGUGCUGCUCAAGUGCCACUGUUAGUACUAGGAGUGGCUUUUCAGUCUUUUGUAUUUUAUAUUAAUGUGUGCUUAUUCGUCUUUCUAUAAAUACUAAUGUUUUGGAUGAAUGGGAUGUCUUCAUGUAACCACAGUCACAGGGAAGUGGCGGUGGGAAAUGCAACUUUUUGUUUUAUUCGUUUUUUGCAGGGUGAAAGCUAUUAUGGUCUAUAUACUCAAUGUGUUUGUGUGAAAACGCUUAUUUUGAAUCUGAAAUUAAUUAAAUAUCACCUUUCUAAAUGUUA